AUGACCGAAAUCAAUGUCACAACAGCCCUACUAGGCUUUGUGGGACUAAGCACUGCAUAUGCCAUAUGGAUCGUAGUCUAUCGUUUGUACUUCCACCCACUCUCCAAGUACCCAGGGCCCCUCCUGGCCAAGAUCACCGACGCGCAUCAGCUGUACCACGCAUGGAAGGGGGACCGCCACCUGGAGUUCUGGCGGCAGCACACGCGGCACGGGCGGGUGGUUCGGUUCGGGCCCAACAGCGUGUCGUUCGACUCCGGGGAGGCGCUACGGGACAUCUACGGGUUCCGGUCCAACGUGCGCAAGGCCGAGUUCUACGACGCCUUCGUGCACCCGGCGCCCAACACGCACAACGCGCGGGACAAGCACCUGCACGCGCGCAAGCGCCGCGUCCUGAGCCAGGCCUUCAGCGACGGCGCCAUCAAGGAGAUGGAGCGCUACGUCCUCGCCAAUGUGCGCACCUUCUGCGAACAGGUCGGCCUUGGGGCUAGCGAGGAGGGCAAGGGCUGGACUGUGGCGAAGAACAUGGCGGACUGGUGCAAUUACCUCGCCAUGGACAUCCUGGGCGAUUUGUGCUUCGGUAAGGCCUUUCACAUGCUGGAACGGCCAGACAAUCGGUACGCAUUGGAACUGGUUUCUCUUGCGACCACGAGACAUUUGAUUUGCGGUACCAUGCCUCUGGUCGGCAAGCUCGGCUUGGACAAGGUGCUUUUUCACAGGAUCGCAGCCGGUCGUGCCAAGUAUAUGGCGUACAGCAAGUCGCAAUUGACCGAGCGCACCAAGCUGGGCGAUGACACAGACCGAAGGGACUUCUUUUAUCACUUGCUAAAGGCCAGAGACCCUGAAACGGGCCAGGGCUUCACCACACCUGAGCUUUGGGGAGAAUCGAACUUGCUCAUCAUCGCAGGCUCGGACACGACGUCAACGGCAAUGGCCGCGACGCUCUUCUACCUCGUGCGCAGCCCCACUGCGCUGCAAAAGGCCACGGAGGAGGUUCGCACCAAGUUCGGCGACGUCGAGGACAUCCACCAGGGCCCGGCUCUGACCAGCUGCGCCUACCUCCGCGCCUGCAUCGACGAGGCGAUGCGCAUGUCCCCCUCUGUCGGCGGCAUCGUGCCCCGCGAGGUCCUGGCCGGCGGCCUCACGAUCGACGGCGAGAACAUCCCCGCCGGCACCGUCGUCGGCGUCCCCCACUACACCAUCCACCACAAUGCGGCCUACUACCCGGAACCGUUCGUCUACAAGCCCGAGCGCUGGGUCGCUGGCUCCCACAAGGCUCUCGGCACCGUGAGCGAGCGCGACGUGCAGACGGCGCACGGCGCUUUCUGUCCGUUCUCGAUCGGACCCCGAGGAUGCAUCGGUAAGGGUCUUGCCUACAUCGAGAUGUCCACGACCAUAGCGAGACUUUUGUAUCUGUAUGACCUGCGGAAGUCGCCCGGCUUUGACCCGGCGGAAGGUAACCCGAGUAAUGAGUGGGGAAGGCAGCGGGUGGAAGAGUUCCAGCUAAUUGACCAGUUCACAAGCCUGAAGGACGGGCCCAUGGUGGAGUUCAGAAAACGCCAAGUAAUGAAUGGACAGUAA